UUGUAUUUUCAUAACAGGUGGUACCUUUCAGACAAUGGCCAAUCUUCAAAAGUUCCAGUUCGCUAUAGACCGUGGUGGCACCUUCACCGAUGUAUUUGCAAGAUGCCCCAGAGGAAAAAUUUGUGUGAUGAAAUUAUUGUCUGAGGAUCCAGCAAAUUACAAGGAUGCUCCAACCGAGGGAAUCCGGCGGAUCCUAGAAGAGGAGACUGGUUGUACAUACCCCCGGGACCGUCCUCUAGACACAGAGCAGAUAGAAUGGAUACGAAUGGGGACCACAGUGGCCACUAAUGCUCUUCUGGAAAGAAAAGGUGAGAGGAUCGCUCUGCUAAUCACAAAAGGCUUCAAGGAUCUUCUGCAUAUUGGAAACCAGGCCCGGCCCAAAAUCUUUGACCUGGAAAUUCGGAUGCCUGAGGUUCUGUAUGAAGAAGUGAUAGAGGUGGAAGAAAGAGUCGUUCUACACCAGAAGGGCUGUCAGCUUCCUAAAGACCUUUCACUGAAGACACUUAAAGGUUCCACUGGUGACACCUUAGAGGUCUGGGAGCCAGUUAACUUAGAGAAACUGAGGAUCCAGCUCCAAGAUGUCUUGUCCAGGGGGAUCCGGAGCCUGGCGGUGGUCCUCAUGCACUCUUACACGUGGUCCUCACAUGAACAUCAGAUAGGGGAACUGGCACGUUCAUUGGGUUUUACCCACGUAUCUCUUUCCUCUGAGGUAAUGCCAAUGAUUCGAAUGGUGCCGAGAGGGUACACGGCUUGUGCUGAUGCCUACCUCACCCCGUGUAUACAGAGGUAUCUGGACGGGUUUCGUAGCGGCUUUAAAAACCAACUCAAGGACCUUCAGGUUCUCUUCAUGCGCUCAGAUGGCGGACUGACUCCGAUGCACAGCUUCAGUGGGUCUCGUGCCAUCCUUUCUGGACCUGCAGGGGGAGUGGUAGGUUACGCUAUAACCACCUAUCAACCCGAAAACCCUCAGCCUGUUAUUGGCUUCGAUAUGGGAGGGACCUCUACAGACGUCAGCCGCUAUGCUGGAGAGUAUGAACACGUGUUUGAAGCCACCACAGCAGGAAUCAGUAUUCAGGCCCCACAGCUGGACGUGAACACCGUAGCAGCCGGAGGGGGCUCCAUGCUUUUCUUUAGGUCGGGAUUGUUUGUUGUCGGUCCGGAGUCUGCAGGAGCACACCCUGGACCAACCUGUUACCGGAAAGGGGGACCGCUGACGGUGACGGACGCCAAUCUCUGUCUGGGCCGCCUCCUUCCCGAUUACUUUCCUCGGAUCUUUGGUCCGUCUGAGGAUCAGCCUCUCUCCAAGGAAGACACGCUACGCAAGUUUAAGGAACUAACUUUGGAAAUUAACCAGUUCCUGCACAGCCGAUCAGGGGGAGGAGCUUCUCUCAGCGUGGAGGAGGUGGCCAUGGGUUUCAUCCGAGUGGCCAAUGAAGCCAUGUGCCGUCCAAUCAGAUCGCUCACUCAGGCUAAAGGUCAUGACACUUCCCGACACGUGUUGGCCUGUUUUGGGGGUGCAGGGGGGCAGCACGCUUGUGCUAUCGCUCGUUCUCUCGGCAUGAAGACCGUGUUCAUCCACAAAUAUGGCGGGGUCCUAUCGGCAUACGGCAUGGCGCUGGCAGACGUGGUGCAUGAGGCUCAGGAGCCCUGUUCUACGGUGUAUGGAAAGGAUUCUUUCCUGUUCCUGGAGGAGAGAAUCGCAGCUCUGGAGACGCAGUGCAUUGAGGCCCUUCAGCAGCAAGGAUUCCAGCGGUCUCAGAUUGACACCGAAUCCUUCCUACAUCUGCGCUAUGAGAGAACGGACUGUGCGCUAAUGUGCUCAGCGAAGGGACACCCGGAGACCCCCGACUCCUGCCGUGUGGGGGACUUCAAGGAGGCCUUCACUGCCAGGUAUAUGAAGGAGUUCGGAUUCACCAUCCCUUCCCGAAAUAUUGUGGUGGACGACAUCCGUGUACGAGGAACGGGCAGCACCGGCAUCCGCUGUGAGAGUCGCAUGGAGCCCAGUGGACGGCCGCCUCGUGUAGAGACCGUCACUAAAUGUUACUUUGAGGACGGAUACAUGGACACGGAUGUGUAUCUUCUGGAGGAGCUGUCAUGUGACCACAGCAUCACCGGCCCGGCCAUUAUCAUAGACAAGAACAGCACCGUGUUGGUGGAGCCGGACUGCACCGCCUCUAUUACGGACUAUGGCGACAUCCGGAUCUCUGUAAGGAGCGGACAACAUCAGACGAUCGGACCAGAGCUCGACACCAUCCAGUUGUCCAUCUUUUCCCAUCGCUUCAUGAGCAUAGCCGAACAAAUGGGUCGUAUCCUGCAGAGAACGGCUAUCUCCACCAACAUCAAGGAACGCCUGGACUUCUCCUGCGCUCUCUUCGGUCCUGACGGGGGUCUGGUGUCCAACGCUCCCCAUAUUCCUGUGCAUUUAGGAGCCAUGCAGGAAACUGUGCAAUUUCAGAUUAAAAACUUGCAGGACGAUCUGAGGGAAGGUGAUGUGAUUCUAAGCAAUCACCCCAGUGCGGGGGGCAGUCACCUCCCGGACCUGACAGUCAUCACACCGGUGUUCCGGGUCGAAGCCCCACGUCCGGUUUUCUUUGUGGCAUCCCGUGGGCACCAUGCUGACAUUGGAGGCAUCACCCCCGGCUCCAUGCCACCACAUUCCAAGUCCUUGAAAGAAGAAGGAGCCGUUUUUACCUCUUUUAAACUUGUGAAGGCGGGAACGUUCCAAGAAGAAGCUGUCACCGAGGCUCUGAUGGCUCCAGGACUAAUACCUGGCAGCAGUGGAACCCGUAAUCUCCAUGAUAACUUAUCAGACUUGCGAGCACAAGUUGCAGCCAAUCAGAAGGGCAUUCAGUUGGUAAAUGAGUUGAUUGAUUUCUACGGACUGGAAGUGGUACAAGCAUACAUGGCACAUAUCCAGGCCAACGCAGAGGUUGCAGUGAGAGACAUGUUGAGGGAGUUUGCUGCGCGGUGGGAGGAGCAGUCCGGAGCGCUGGAGGUGGAGUCUGUGGAUUAUAUGGAUGACGGGUCGCCUAUCAAGCUAAAAGUGAAGAUUAACAAAGAAGAGGGAAGUGCCCUAUUUGAUUUUACCGACUCCGGAUAUGAAGUCUAUGGGAACUGUAAUGCCCCGCGCGCCAUCACCCUCUCGGCCCUCAUAUACUGCCUGCGCUGUAUGGUGGGACAGGAUAUUCCACUGAAUCAGGGAUGUCUGGUGCCCAUAAAAGUCGUCAUCCCCAAAGGAUCUAUUCUGGACCCGUCUCCGGAUGCGGCGGUGGUGGGAGGCAACGUGCUGACGUCGCAGAGGAUUGUCGAUGUCAUUUUUAAGGCCUUUCAAGUUUGUGCAGCUUCACAGGGUUGUAUGAACAACGUCACAUUUGGUAAUCAGAACAUCGGUUACUACGAGACGGUGGCCGGCGGUGCCGGGGCUGGUCCGCACUGGGACGGGAGAAGCGGCAUUCAUAGUCACAUGACCAACACGCGGAUUACUGAUCCAGAGAUCCUGGAGAAACGGUAUCCAGUUGUCCUGAAGCGCUUCCAGUUACGUCCAGGCUCCGGUGGUCGGGGGAAGUUCUGUGGUGGAGACGGAGUCAUUCGGGAGUUGCUGUUCAGAGAACCCGUCAUAUUGUCAGUUCUCACAGAGCGAAGGGUGUUCCAGCCGUACGGGAUCGGAGGCGGGUCUCCUGGUGCCCCGGGGCUCAACCUCUUGCACCGAAGUGAAGGGAAAACCAUUAAUUUGGGAGGAAAAACAUCUGUUUCAUUAGAACCUGGGGAUAUAUUUACCCUUCAUACUCCAGGUGGAGGAGGAUACGGCGAUCACAAUGAUGACGAUAGGACCCAGACGCCAAUAAAGAGUGAAAGUCGCAGCUUUGCCGAGCGGGGAAGCGUCUUUGAUUACCGCCUGGCGCAGGAAACAGUGUGAAACGUUCCAUGGGCCCAUCCCCCGAUGAUGGAUCAGCGUAUAGACGAUGAGAACCGAACACGGGAUCUGCUGUCUCCCAAAACGACUGCGUCCGAUGUGUGAAAUCAUCCGCUCUCUGUCCUACAAGAUCAUCUAGAGCAGAGGUUUAUUAUUUUAUGAGAAGAUUUUGGUCCUUUCUAUAUUGGUAUUUUACAUCUUGAUGAUGUCACAACAAUGGAAACGCUGUCCAUACAUUAAAUAUUGGCCAAGAUUCCUAAUUAAAAAUGUUCU